CGCGUCACGCUGCCCACAAAAAAACGAACCAGUCAUCUCUCCACCAACGCCUGCACAAGACCCUCGCAAGCUUCGCCCACCCAGAUCGCCACUGUGACACGGCUACCGGCAUCAGCACAGAGGGCCUGUAAGCACAGCGGCAUCCUGAGCUGGGCCCUUGUUUCUCACUCAUCCAUUUUGCAAAUUACAUGCGUGCUUUUGUUUCGUUUGCUGCCAGAUCUUGCUGAAUCGCAGUUCCAUCAGCCGCUCAGCUUUCUCCAACCAACCCCCAACUCUCAUCAUACAAAACAGACCCCAAGUCCCCUCCUCCCCCCUCUCCUCUUUCUUCGCUUCCUAGCUUCGUCUUUUUAUUUUCCUGCAGCCACUGCAUAACUCUUAAUCUCCUGCCACUAGCGCCCCCCCGUGUCCCGUCGCAUCGGUCCUUUCCAAUUUGCUGCAACGCUACUACGUACUAGUCACCAAGGAUUGCCGUUCGUUGGUCGUGCCCCGAGCGUCCUGCGCCAACGCGAAUCUUCACCAACCACGCCCUCUCAAAACCUGGGGGUGGCGCCGCCUCGCCUCGGCUCAGAACCUUUUCGCGGACAAAGAUACCCAGUCUGUCAACGCCAUCUUGCUAGCCUGAUUCUGUUGGUUGUCUGUAUAUACAGCGAGGAAGGAACCAGUUUGUCAAGCUGGCCUUGACUUCCAUCAUCGCAUCAGCAUAAACACACGUACAUACGCGCGCACACAGAUUAAAAAACGACACCAUGUCGGAAGACUUACACAGGGAAGCCCGUCGCAAGCAGCGAGACGCGGCUCGCACACACGCCAAAGAAAACGCCCUGUCCAAGGACGAGCACAGCGAGCUCUCCCUCUGGGCUGCCAUCAAGAAAUGGAACCGCAUCUUCUGGUUCUGCUUGGGUCUCUCGUCGACAAUUAUCCUUUACGGUUACGACUAUGUCAUUAUUGCCACAGUUUCGGCUAUGCCUAGUUUCCAAUAUGACUUUGGCGAGAUUUAUCAAGGCGAACCUAUCAUUCCCUCUCUUUGGCUUGGCCUCUGGAGCUUCAUUUCCCCUGCUGCUUCCAUGCCUGGUGCCAUCUUUGGCGGUUGGCUCCAGGAUCGCAUUGGCCGUCGCUGGUCGAUGAUCGCCGGAACCAUCAUCUCUGCCAUUGGUGUUGCCAUUUGCUAUGUCUCUGAUCUACCAGAUAGCAAAAAUGCCCGUCGUGGCACUUUUCUCGGUGGAAAAGCUCUCCUUGGUGGUGCAAUUGGAAUGAUCAUGACCAUUUGCCAGACUUACAUGUCUGAAGUACUGCCACCCCGCCUGCGUGGCUCGCUUCUUGCCUUCUUCCCCAUCUUCACCCUUCUCGGCCAACUCAUUGGUUCUGGAGUCAUCUUUGCAACCAUUGACGACGAAAACGGUCACCGCAUCGCCUUUGCCUCACAAUGGGCCUUCGCCGCGCUUCCUCUCAUCAUCUCCUUCGUCAUUCCCGAAAGCCCAACGUACCUCGUUCGCAAGGGCCGCAUCGACGACGCGACCAAGGCUCAGCAACGCCUCGAUCCGAAGAACGGCAACGUGGAGCAGGCCAUUGCCGUUAUCGAAGCCAACAUUGAACAUGAACGCCAGCAGACCGGUGCUACAUACCUUGACUGCUUCAGACGCGUUCACUUCCGCCGCACAAACAUCAUCCUCUUUGCCAACUGCAUGCCCCAGUUCUUCGGUAUCACCCUCAUUGCAUCUGCAUCGUACUUUGCUCAGAUUCUUGGCAUGUCCCCAAACCUAAGCAUCCUUGUCCUGCUUCUCGGCAUCAUCAUUGGUCUUAUCGCCAACAUUGCCAGCAUGUGGAUUAUGUUGCGCUUCGGUAGACGCAACUUGAUUGUCGGCAGCUUCGCCGUCCUGACUGGUGUCUGGAUCGUCUUUGGUAUCGGCGGCACUCUGGCCAGAGAUGUCGUUUCACUCAACUCUAUUUGCGCUGUCUUCAUGAUUGCCGUCACCACUAUUGCCAGUCUGACAGUCUGGCCUGCCUCAUUCGCCGUAUCGUCCGAAACUUCGGCUCUGCACCUUCGUGGCAAGACCCAGGGUCUGGGAUGGAUGUUUUCAGGCGCUGUAAGCGCCAUCUUCGGCUUCGUCCUGCCGUACCUUUACAAUCCCGACCAAGUCAACAUGCGUGCUAAGAUUGGCUUCGUCUUUGCCGGGCUUUGUCUGUUAGCCUGGGCCCUCUCAUGGCUCUGGAUCCCUGAGAUGAAGGGCAGAACACCUGCCGAGAUUGAUCGCAUGUUUGAACUCAAGCUGCCCACUCGCGCCUUUAAGACAUGGCAUCCCGAUGCAACAGACAGGGACGUUUUAGCCGGCAAGGAGACCAACUCCACGGUAUGAAGCCUUACUUAACGAUAGAUAUGACUUGCUAUUCUUCCGUUUCUUGCCGAAAAAUCUAUACAUAUGGCAUCUGUUUAGUGUAGUAAUUCUUUUUUACAUUCUUGAAUAUAGCGAUAGUUUCUUUUUUUUACAAUUGGUACACAAUUUUGUAUCCUGAAAUUUUACCGUCCCGAUGCUCCUGGAAGCCUGUAUCAACAUCAGCUAAUCCACCAGUAUACACUUUGGUAUUGUUGGCUUUAAUCUUUCCAUCACGAAUCAGGCUAGGUAGUGCUUUGAAGAAGUCUGCGGAAAGACAGUGAUCGUCCUCAUUUGCAGGCCAAAAGUGCUCCUUGUACCGGUGAUCACUCAAGAAUGCCGUCCAAACCAAGACAUCCGUCACCUUGGUCUGCUUACUGCAUUUGUCUGUAAACACCUUUCCGGGACGAACGGUGCAAAGCGUUCCUCCAGCAGUGGUGAUAGCCUCGGAAGCAACCUGAGAGGUGGUUUCACUGCCAAUGGUAUCAAAGACGUAGCGGAGGUCCGGUGCAGCAGCCUUGAUGUCGUCCACCACAGAGUCGCUGCGGUAGUCAAAAACAUGCUUAGCACCCACGCUCUUUACCAUGUCGAAGUGUUUCGGGCUGCAUGUGGCAAUUACAUCCAUUCCGUACAGUUUUGCAAUUUGAACCGCGUACAGGCCAA